UUGCUUCUCUUCACAAAGUAAACACCAACAUCCGCAACCAGACAACCAGCCAGCCGGUUUGUUUGUGCAAGUUUUCGUUUCUUUCGCCUACAUUCAAUUCUUCUUUGUUAAAUUAUUAAUAUUCAAAUUAUUUAUUUUAUAUUAUUGGUUUUUGCAACAACAAACUUCAAAAAAACCUAAAUGUUUUAAUUAACUCUAAAAAAGACAAAGAAUUCUUGAAAAAUUAAGACAGCAGUCUGCAUAAAAAUGUCGUCUCUAUUAAAGUACAUGUCUCUAAUAACCACCUUCUCGGUAUUUGCGGCUUUAAUAUCGAUUGUUUGGCAAGCAUUUUUGUCGUUGAAACAAUUAAAUAAAAUCACUCAAAUUUUAACUGGUUUAUUGGCUAUUGAGAGUCAAUUAAAACGACCUUGGAAUGACACCAACUAUAGUAAACCUAAGGUGGCUUUAGGCUAUGGUGCCUGCAGUGAUUUGUUAAUUCACGCAACUGAUUUUCUUAAUUAUUCAGCUGCCAUAAUACCAGACAAUGUGGGGUCAGAGUUUACGGUGGAUGAGGUGAAUGAUGAGGCGGAAUUGUUACAAACAUUUGCAUAUUAUUUUCGCAAUGGUGCAGCGGCAGAACGUGUGAUGCCCAAUACAGAGUUAUUUAGACAAUUAAUACAAUUGCCAAAAAAACAACAUCGUGAUUCUUUGCAAUGGUUUGUUGGCGGCAAUGCCCCAUUGAUGGGUAUACGUUUUGAUAAGGAAGGCUGGGAGGUGUUAUUGGGUGCUAGAAUUUCUCAUAAAUUACGCCGCCUAAUACCGGACACCAUUAAAAUCGCUGGUGAUUUUAUCGAAGAAGAUGAUAUACAUUUGAUAUUAGAAUACAAGGCUGGUGAAACAUGGGGCCCCUUUACAGCCCCACGAGCUAAUCGCUAUAUCUUACACAACGAUCACAAUAAUCCACAUUUAAACUCACUCGAACAUUUACAAACCGCCAUUGAAACCUAUAAACCCGAUUUGUUCAUAAUCAGUGGCAUACAAAUGAUGGAUAGUUAUAAAUUUGCCGAAGGCAUUAGAGAGGAACGUCUACUUAAGGUCAAUCAACAGAUAAAUUCUUUAACCAAAAAGACCUUAAUACAUUUCGAAAUGGCCUCUUAUGUAGAAAUAGAACUGUUGCAGCAUUUGAAACAAUUUAUUUUGCCUUAUGUUGAUUCUUUGGGUAUGAAUGAACAGGAAUUGGAUAAUUUAGCACAAGUCUUAGAGCAUGGACGCACGACAUUGGCCUCUGAUUGGAAUCCAAGAGUAGCUACUACUUUAGAUUUAAUGCGUAAAGUUUUUUCUAUAUUAGCACAAGAUUAUUAUAAAAAUACUACGAGUAUGGGUCAAACUAAAAGGAGAAUGGUGUCCAGAAUUCAUUUGCAUACUUUGGCUUAUCAGGCUCUCUUAACGAUUAAAGAUUCCAAGUGGAAGAAUACAAAAUUGGGAGCUGCCAAGGCCGCCUUAAUCGCUCAUCGUUAUGUGUGUCAAACACAAGUGAUCAAUCCUGAAUCUGCUUCUUUAGUAUUAGAUGAUAGUUUCUCGACAUCUCUAGAUCCCUCUAAAGCUGAGCGCAUUGCUUUUGAUCCCCUUAAUCCGGUGCCCUGUUGGUCAGAAACUUUACAAAUUAACGCACAAAAGUCAUUGGAUAUAGAAAUCUGUGUAGCCCCGGUUUUGGUGUGUCGUGUGGCCAAAAAGACCGCAGGAGCUGGAGAUAAUAUAUCCGCUGCCGGGCUAUCGCAACAAUUGUAAUUUACAAAAAAACUUAAUUUAAGGUUAUUAUGUUACUCAAACAACCAACAACAACAAGCCAUAACUACUUAAUGAGACUGUUUUGCUGAAACGAAAGAAAGUUAGAAAAAAAAGAGAAAUGAAUCUCUUUUUUGGAAAACCUAA